CCAAUAUUCGCUUUUGAUCGUUAGGAGCAAUGGGUCUUAGUGGAAAGCUUUCAAUGGAAAUGGAGAUCAAAUCCUCUGCAAAUAAGUAUUUUCAUGGUUGUAUAGAUCAUGGGACCCUAUUUUCCAAAGCUCUUCCUGAUGAUGUCCAUAAGUCUGAAGUACAUGAAGGAGAUGGAAAGAGCUUGGGCUCCAUCAAUUCCUACUGCUAUGUCUUAGAUGGAGAUAAAGUUGUCUCUACCAAAGGCAAGAUGGAAGCCCUAGAUGAAGUGAACAAAUCAAUCACUUUGAAUAUGUUAGAGAGCUUUGCAGCAAGUACAAGCUGCAUAUGCAAGUCUUUACAAAGGAUGGCAAGAACUUUGUGAAAUGCAUCAUAGAAUAUGAAAAGCUAAGUGAGAAGGUCCCUGAGCCUAUUAAUUAUCUGGAGGUUACAACCAAGUUCUGUAAGGGGUUGGACGCGCAUCUUCUUCAAGCUUAGAAGCAAGGAGUUAAACCCAAAUGCUUGGCUUAUUAGUGAUCACAGUUUGCUUAUGAUCGAUUGCAACUAAAAUUGCAAUUCUAGAUUAUGUUUCUUGUUUAUGAGUACCUGUUUCUUCCUAAGUUGAGAAGCUUGUGUGUCAUGGUAAU